AUGGCCUAUGGUAUGCGGGGUCCUACUUUCGGGCACACGUCAUGGCGGGCAUCGUGUGAUAGUGGUUUCAUUCAGCUGCAGGUGGGACUCAAGGUUGUUGACAAGUACAAUCCUGGCAGAGAGGAGAAGUGCAUGCAAACUGAGCUUAUUAACCCAAAUCUUCAAGAACUCCCUGAUAAUGCACAACAGGAUUUGAGGCUCAAGCAUCCUUUGGUGGGAAUCAAUACAAUUCUCCCUGACACCAAACCUAAUUUGGUGUUGGGUCUUAGUCAAGCAGAUCAAUAUGUUGUUGGAUUACGGAGUUUUAUUAGAAUUAUUGGAAUGAAAUCAGCUGUAUGUGAUCAAAGACAUUGCCCGUGGUCAUUGAUCUCCUCUGCUCCAGAUCAAACACCAUUGCCAUGGUCAUCCAAUCUGACGAAGGGUGAAGCUCUAGUAGUUCAUUCUCUUGGCGAUCUUACUCAAAACGUCGCAGACAAGCGAGCUAAGAAGCAAAUGUUCACUGCUCGCUCAAGAAUAGAAGUUGAAUACCAUGCUCUGGCCGACACUACUGCUAACGUUGUCUCAAUUCGUUGGCUUCUCGAAGACUUGGGUGCUCCUCAGUCGUCCCCAACUGAUGUUUUUUGUGACAACCGCAAUGCUAUUUAG